AUGUCCGGCACCUCCACCAGUCCGACCGACCAUGCCGAUACGAAUCCCCUUUCAGGUCAUUUUGCUGAGCAAAUCAGUGGAGGGACGAGUGGCCCUACCUCUAUCGAGGCCGAAGAUCGGAACACUUUGAUCAGACUUGUUUAUGAGGAACUCAAGGCGAUUAAUGAGGUCAAAACAACCCCCUCUGCCGUCAAGUUGAUAGAUCCGGAGAAAGAGUUCACGUGCUCCAGAGGCCUUUGGACCAAACUCUGGGUCAAAAUCCAGGAACUUUCUGCGACCAUGCACAAAGUGCAACAACCUGAGAUUCUACCAGAAGAUGAAGGUUCAAAUCUUAUGACAGCAGAUGCAGAUUCAGUUACUGAUCAUACAGUCCAAGAGACUCUUAUCAGAGAGGUUUACAAGAACGUGAAUGCCCUUGAAACACUGAGGACUAUCCCUCUUUGUGGUGUAUCUCCAGAUCUGACAAAAGCCGUUUUGUUACCAAGAGAUAAAUGGACUUCAUUCAUGGAAACGACUGCAAAACUUUAUCAGACCUUGCCGGUUGAACCUGGUUCAGGGUUGGGAUCAGGAAUGACUCUUUCUCCGAAUGAGGGCAGGAGACGACAGAACUGA